AUGCCUCUCUCCACCUCUACCGAAACCGUUGAAACGAGCCAGGGUCUCGUCGCCGCCAUGCGCAGCGCCCAGCCCCCCAACACGUCUCAGUCAUUCCGUCCAGCCCACGCCAAAGGCCAUCUACUCAAGGGUACGUUCACGCCCACGCCGACCGCCGCCUCGCUCUCCUCUGCUCCGCACUUCGCACAACCCUCCACCCCGCUCACCCUCCGCUUCUCCUCGUCCACUGGCCUGCCAUCCAUAGCGGACACCGAGCCCACCGCCAACCCGCGCGGCCUCGCCAUUCGUUUCCAUCUCCCAGAGGGAGAGGACGGCAAGCGCCGCCACACCGACAUCAUCGCGCACAGCACACGUUCCUUCCCGACGCGGACAGGCGCCGAAUUUCUAGAGCUGCUACGCGCGCUGGGGGCGGGCGGGGACAGCGUACCGCAAUUUCUAGCAAAGCACCCCGAGACGGUGCGAUUCUUGGAGGAGCCGAAACCGAGUCCUGUGAGCUUUGCUACGGAGCGGUACUAUGGGGUGAAUGCGUAUGUUUUUACGGAUGGACAAGGGAGGGAGACGAGCGUGAGGUACCGCGUUGAGCCUGUGGCGGGCGUGGCGACGCUGGGUAAGGAGGAGCUUGCGGGGAAGAGCAAGACAUAUCUGUUUGAUGAGCUGGCGCCGCGGCUGGACGGCGGGCCUAUCCUGUUCAGGUUGACGGCACAGGUUGCGGCGGCGGAUGAUGUGACGGACAACGCGACGGUAUUGUGGCCUGAGGAGCGGGAGAUUGUCGAGCUCGGGGAGAUCAAGAUUGAGAAGGCAUUGGAGGAGGAGGCGUCGCUGGUGGAGCAGAAGGGGAUUAUUUUUGAUCCUGUGCCGCGGGUGGCUGGGGUGCGGGCGAGCAAGGAUCCGUUAUUGGAUGUGAGGGCGGAUGUGUAUCUGAUUAGUGGGAAGCAGAGGAGGGAGGCGGAGGUUGCGAAGGCUUGA